AUGGGCUGCUCUAUCCGUGCCGAGGACACAUUUGGGCCUGCAGCGGCGCCAGAGUGCCUCGAUGGCUUCGACUUCACGCUGCUGUUCGAGGAGUCCUUCUUCUCCAUCGGCGUGUGCAGCGCCAUGCUGCUGUCGCUGCCGGUGCAGCUGGCCCGGCUGUCCCAUCACCAGCAGCAGCAUAAUCAUCACCAGCAGGCGCCCGCCGGCCCUCUUCUCUACUCCAAACUGACCGCGCACCUUGUCUCGACCGGCAUCAAGCUCGUCCUCGUCGCUCUCGUGCUUGUCCCCGGGCGAGCGCUGGCGACCCGCGCAACCGUUGCAGCCGUGUCGAUAGCCGCCGCAACGUCUGCCUCCGUCGCCGUCCUGUCGUACUGGCAGCAUUGCCGGUCGCCGCGGCCGUCCACGCCCGUCUCGCUCUUCCUGGGGCUCUCGCUGCUGCUGGACGCCGUGCGGGCGCGGACGCUGUGGGCGGUGCAGGCGCGGGUGUUCUGCGCCGUGUUCAUCGCCGGCAUCGUGUCCGACCUGGCCAAGUUCGUGCUUGAGCUGCUCGAGCGCAGAGACGAUGGCGCUGAUGGCGCUGAUGGCCCUGGGCGGCUCCCGGCAGAGACCGCCGCGAACGUGUACAACCGCAGUGUCUUCUGGUGGCUGAACCCGCUGCUGCUCCAGGGGUUCCGUGAGAUCUUGCAGGCCGAGAAGCUUAGCGCUAUCGAUCGGCGUCUCAGGGGCGGCGGCGACGAUGAGGACUCGUUCCUGGGCCAGUGGGAAGCCGCAAAGGUCAAGUCCCCGGCGGCGCUGGUCCGUCUGCUGGCCGCUCACCAUCUAUGGGCGGCGCUGGCUGCUGUGAUCCCCCGUCUCUGCGUGACCGGACUCACCUUCACGCAGCCGUUCCUGCUGGCUCGCAUCGUGAGAUACGUCACGGAAGAAGCAGCAGACGGCGACGAUGGACUGGCCAGCUGCUACGGCUACGGCCUCAUUGCAGCAGCCUUGCUCAUCUACAUCGGCCUGGCGGUGGCCACCACCAACACCCAGCACAAGACAUAUCGCCUUAUUACGAUGCUACGCAGCAGCCUCGUCCCGCUGAUCUAUACCCAGACCCUGCAUCUAGACACCUCUGCAGUGCGCGAUUCCGCUGCACUCACCCUGAUGAGUGUGGACAUUGAACGUAUCAGCUCAGGGCUACGCUAUUUCCAUGAACUCUGGGCUAGCCCCAUAGAUAUCGGCCUUGCUCUCUGGUUUUUGCAGCAGCAGCUUGGAGUCGCAGCUGUAGCCCCUGCGGCAAUCUUUCUUGUAUGCACCCUUUCUGGACUGCUUGUGGCAGCCUCCAUGGGCGCCCGCCAGCGACAGUGGCUAGAGGCCAUUCAAAAUAGAGUGCAUGCCACCUCGUCAAUGCUAAAGAACAUCAAGGAGAUUCGGCUGGGCGGGUUACAGGGCCACGCGGCAAAGAAGCUGCAGGAACUAAGAUCAAAGGAAAUAUCAGAAUCCCGCCCCUUCAAGAAAGCGCUGGUUAUGAUUGUAACACUCUCCUUCACUACGGCAGCAUCUGGACCCUUGCUAGCGUUCACCAUGUACACGCUUCUGGCGUUGAGAAACGGUUCCCAGGCAUUGGAUUAUGAAAAGGCCUAUACCUCACUGUCACUUCUAGCGCUUUUGCAGACUCCCAUGGCGCUUAUUUUAGACGCCAUUGCUGGGUUUGUUGCUGCCUUUGGAGCAGUUGAACGUAUAGGUGAAUACGUUUCGAAGCCAACUACUAACGCAAGCAAAGCAUCCAGCACUGAAAUGGUCCCUCCAUCAAUACCAACCAGGCCUGACACAUAUGAGGAAAAAGGAAAAGAAGUUCUUGUUCGGGCUCAAGGCUUCAGUGCUGGCUGGAAUGUCGAUUUGCCUUUUGUUGUCAAGAACUUGGAUUUUGAAAUUUUACGUUCGACUGUUACUUUCAUCGUUGGGCCAGUCGGAUGCGGGAAGUCAACACUGCUGCAUUCGAUUCUGGGUGAGGUGAUGCAUACCAAUGGCUCUCUCCAAAAAUCAGUUACAAGGGUCGGUUAUGGCUGCCAGGAACCUUGGAUUACCAACGACACCAUUCGAGAUAACAUUAUAGGCUCUAACCUCUUCCAGCAGACUUGGUAUGACCAGGUGAUAGAUGCUUGCGUGCUGCGAGAUGAUCUCCAAGGAUUUCCCUACGGAGACCAAUGGAUUGUCGGCAGUGGUGGGAUGGCCUUGAGCGGCGGCCAAAAGGCUCGACUGGGGAUCGCACGAGCACUAUAUUCAAGAGAAACGCUUGUACUGCUAGAUGAUGUCUUUUCCGGUUUGGAUGCAAAAACCGAGGAGUCAAUACUCCACAAUUUAUUUGGAGAACGUGGCAUCCUGGCAACGGAAAACACCACUAUAGUUUUGGCUACGAAUGCCGCAAUGAAUCGCCUCAACUACGCAGAUAAUGCUAUAUACCUUGAUUCUACCGGCAACCAAGUGAGCAAAGAUGAUGCCUUGGAAAAAGAAUUGUCAGAGGGAGUAACUUUGGCUGCACCAUCCGAGAAGCGAACUUCGCCCGGCCAAUCCCAUGAAAGCCACAUAGGGGCUACACCCGAACUCUCUAGCGCCAGACCUCUAACUGCAUCUCCUCAAGAAAAGGAACGACGGGUUGGCGAUACGACUGUCUAUAAGUACUACAUACAAGUAGUUCACCCUAUGAGCGCAGCUUUCUUCACUGCGAUCUGUGUGGUUUUUGUCCUCGGACUAACCUUACCACAAUAUACUAUUUCCCAUAUUGGACUAUACCUGGGAAUUUACGCUGCGCUUGCUGGAAUGGCAAUUGUUUCUCUGGCUGUUGCUGCUUGGUAUCUGACUGAGCACAUGCUACCGAGAGCUUCGAGGCAAUUCCACGAAGGCCUCCUGAGUACAGUCGUGGAUGCACCUCUGCAAUUCUUUCUAAGUACCGACAUGGGAACCACCAUCAAUCGGUUUGCUCAAGAUUUACAAUUGGCAGAUAUGGAACUUCCACUAGCUCUCUUUAACACGACCGUUGAACUUAUAACUUGCCUGGUCCAGCUAAUCAUUAUUGCAGUCGCGUCGAAAUACAUUGGUGUUGCUAUACCAGUUAUUCUAGCUAUCUUCUAUUUUAUUCAGAAGUUUUACCUGCGCACUGCGAGACAACUGCGACUGCUUGACAUUGAAGCUAAAGCUCCCCUGUUUUCCAAAUUCCUAGAAACUCUGUCUGGCCUUGUUACGAUCCGGGCAUUUGGUUGGCAGAAAGAUUAUGAACAUCAUAACAACCAGGCGCUUAAUGAUUCACAGAAGCCAUUUUAUCUAUUAUUCUGUGUCCAGCGCUGGCUCAACCUUGUGCUUGACCUCGUGGUCGCAGCUAUUGCUGUCAUUGUCGUGUCAAUUGCUGUGCAGACAAAGGGAAAGGUUGAUGCCGGGUCUACCGGCAUCGCUCUAGUAAACAUCGUUCAGUUCAGUACUACUAUCAAGAGCUUAAUGGCCAAUUGGACACAGCUUGAGAUAUCCAUUGGCGCAGUCUCCCGCAUUCGCUCAUUUUCGACUGAUACCUUAUUGAGCCGACCGCGAGAGUGGUCCCCUGAAUUGAAAGACGAGGCAGCUGGGCCUACCAUAUCGCCUUCUUGGCCGGAACAUGGGACUAUUGAAUUUCGAGGAGUUACUGCCGAAUAUAAGAUUAACUCUACGCCAGUCAUCAAAAAUUUGAAUCUAUCGAUCCAUAAGGGAGAGAAAAUUGCCUUGUGUGGGAAAACCGGAAGUGGAAAAUCUUCAAUUAUCUCCGCGCUAUUCCGUAUUUUACACAUCUCUGAGGGAAACAUAAUCAUCGAUGGUGUCGAUAUUUCAGCUAUUCCCCAGGAAAUCCUUUAUACCCGUCUUGUCUGUGUUCCCCAGACACCAUACCUCAUACAAGGAACCGUCCGUGAGAAUGUUGACCCAUUCGGGACUUCCAGUGAUGAGCAGGUAAAUCAGGUUUUGAAAGAAGUGACACUCUGGGAUACAGUCAUAGCUCGGGGAGGUAUUGAUGUUCAGCUAUCGGACGAGCUAUUCAGCGUUGGCCAAAAACAGCUACUUUGUCUUGCCAGGGUAAUGCUACGACCCGGAUCCAUUCUACUUCUUGAUGAAGUCUCCUCGAGUGUUGAUCUACACACGAAUAAGCUGAUGCAAAGUAUCAUCCGGAAGCACUUUGCGACACGAACCGUCAUCACAAUUGCACACCAGAUAUUUACUAUUCUUGACGCUGACCGUGUCGUAGUCAUAUCCAACGGAGAGAUAGUCGAGGAAGGCCAACCAACGGAAUUACUUGCAAAGCAUCCCCCGGGGCCCUUUCGCAUUCUUGCUGAAGCAAAUACGAACCUAUGA